CGGACUCGACCGCUGUCCGCAAGCAACACUCAACUCCUCGAGUCUAGUCUACGAGGCUGAAAGCUAAGUAUCGGACACCGCAGAAAGAACAAGAGAAAGAAAAGAAGAGUUAUAAACCAUGUCGGAUCUUGAUGAGGAUUUGCUCGCGCUUGCGGGCGCAGGCGGCGAAGAUGACAGCGGACCAUCUAGCUCUACAUCACGCAAGCGGGCGCCUCCUUCAAAGCGACGGGCCGCUCCUGCGAAGAAGAAACGGCGGGCGAUAGACAGCGAUGAGGAUGAUCUUGGGUCACCGGCUGGUGAUUUUGAGGAGGACGAGGAGGAUGAGUCCGACGGGCCAGACAUGUCGCGAAGUAAUCGGCGCAAGAACGAUGAGGAUGACGACGAGGAUGAUGAUGAUGAUCUUGGCGAAGAGUUUGUGAAUCCGUAUCCUUUGCAGGGGAAAUAUAAGGAUGAGAAUGAUAUGCAUCGGCUUGAGGCUAUGACUGAAAUCGAGCGAGAGCAGAUUCUUUUCGAUCGAUCGCAAGAGAUGCAAGAAUAUAAUGAGCGGAAAUACCUUGCCCAGCGUCUAAAGCAGUCAAAGAAGGACAAGUCUGCGCCGACUCGAUCAUCUACUCGUGAUACUCCUAAAGGAUCGAGCAGUAAGCGAUCACAGCUAUCUGAGCUCAAGAAGAAGCGUGAAGAGAAGAGCGAUCGCGUGCGUCAGCGGUCUGGCGACAAAUCUUACUCCAAGCUCCGAUACGAUGAAGACGAGGACGAAGAAGACGAGGAGGAAGAGGAAGACGACGAGUGGAGAUCAGGCGACGACGAGAGAGCAGAGGACGACCUUGUGUGGGCCGACUCUGGCAAGAAGAAGUCGGAAGCGCCGAGAGAGCUUACUGUUGAGGAUCUCAAUCGGAUUCGGAUUGGAAGGACUUUGUUUGCAAAGUAUUGCCAUUAUCCCGAGUUUGAUAGGACGGCAGCUGAAUGCUUUGUGCGGGUGAAUAUCAGCAACAGCCAAGUGAGCGCGUAUCGGGUGUGCCAGAUCAAGAGCGUGGUUGAGAGUAAAUCGUACCAGUUUCUGAACCGGACGGUGAAUACGAGUUUGUUGGUGACGCACGCUUCAGCUGAGAAGUUGUUUGAGAUGAGCGUAUGCAGCGACAAGCCGUUUUCGGAAGACGAGUUCCAGACGUGGAAGAAAGCGAUGAAGCGGGACGGGCUUGCGCUUCCGUCGAAGCGACUUUUAGACCACAAAUUCGACCAGCUGCAUGCGAUGCGCGAGCGCGUGCUGACGGCGGAGGAAGUGAAUGCGAUGAUUGACCUGCGGCAAAAGCUGACGGCGAACAAGCCGACGAACGCGGUACUGCAGAAGACGCUGCUGUCGCAGAACCGGGCGGUUGCGCUCGCAAAGGGAGAUUUGGAAGAAGUAGCGUCGAUAGACGCGAAGAUCGCGGCGAUCGACUCGCAGCAGGAGUCGAAGCUGUCGAGCACGCUGGACGAUUCGCAGCUGCAGAAGCUGUCGAAAGUGAACGAGCGCAAUCGGCGGGCGAAUCAGGACGAGAUCCGGCGGGCGGAGAUCAGGAAGCAUGAAGAGCGGCGGCGGGCGCUGGCGUCGAAGAGUUCGGCGGUGACGUCUGAUCCGUUCAGUCGGCUGAAGACGAAUCCGCGGAUGUACCUUGACUCUACGGUGUCGGACACGGGGAAUGUCGAGGAGCAAGGCAAGGCGGAUAUCGCGGCGGCGGAGGCGGAGGAGGAGGAGAACGCGAAGGAGGCGAAGAGUAAGCAGCGGCUUGCGGAGAAGCUUGCGAAGCAGCCUUUGAGCGCGAUUGACGAUUUGCUGGCCAAGACGGAGUUUGGGGUCGACAUCGAGUUUGAUUUGUAGAAAAAAGAUGAGACUGAAGACGAGACGAUGGGAUGGAACGGCUGAGGAAGUGUAAAGCUGAUAGGGUUUAAUAGAACUCACGUGCCAGAUCAGGACAAGCGCAAGGGGAGAAGAAGGCUAGUUUGGAUGCGGCAGGAGAGGGAUGGGUGGUGUUUGUGAAAGAGAACUGUAGAUGGUAGUAAAAGAGAAGUGUAGAUAG